AUGGCAGAAACGCGAGAGACACGAAAUACGACGGAUACGACAAUGACGAGGACGAGAACGACAAGAACGAGAACUACAAGAACGGGAACGACAAGAACGAAAAAACAGACCAAAACACCAAAGAACCCGAAACCAAUCGGGGGAAAACGGACAGAAUGCACCAGAGAGGAUUUUGAGGACGAAAUAAAAGACAGGAUUGUCGCCCAAUGCUCACUCAAAGACGUGGGAAUCUUCUACAUUGUUCUUUGCGAGAGAAAAGGCCCCGGCUGGCUCAGUGUAUGUCUGCAGUUCUACAAUGACGAAGAAGGAGUGGUGCAUCGAUCCGGAGUACUGGGUUGGUGGAGAAGAAAACCAAAAACGGGCGCCACCUGUUUCGCCAUUGACCAAAACACCUUUCUUUUUGACAGCACGUUGCUCUUACUGGACGCCAAUUGGGAGACCUGUUCCUCACGCCGAUUCAGCGCACAGACCAGAUUGGGCAUGGCCCACUUUCUCACCAAGCAGACCUCGGUUCACUCCACGGGACUGUCUCGCAUCAGAAAUACCGCGGGCUCGGAUUUCAAGCUCAUGAGCGAAGAGGGAGAGACUGUGGAGGUCCACAAGGCCGUUUUGCAGGGAGUAUGGCCUUUCUUUCGAGAUAUGCUGCGUGUGAAGCAGGAAAACGAACCUCAGCAUCGGAUCAAGUUGCCCAUGCCCAAAAGCACGCUUGACGUGCUGAUGAGCUAUCUGUACGGAGAAGAGCUGCAAAUGGAGUUUCACGAUGCCGCCAAUCUCAUUCUCAAUGCGCGAAUGUACAAUCUGCCCGAGCUGCUGGAGUUGGCCAAAACCAAGGUCAAGAGUGAACCCAUGGACUUUCAGCAAGCGCUGUUAUUGUGGCAGAAGAGCUUCAGGGCACAGGAUGAACAGGUCCGAGACCACGCUUCCGCCAGAAUCCAGCAGCUUAUGCCUGCGGUGGACGAUUUCAAGCGCGAGAUACAGCAUCUUGAGAAGGAUGAACUGGUCGCGUUGUUUUCUGAUGUCUCGGUCGCCAUGGCUGGUAAGAUGAGGGCUGAGUAG